CACACAACAUCUCAUCAAAUAGCCAUGGAAACAGAUCGAUUUUAUAUCAACUCAUAUCGAAGCCAAAAGUUAAUUAUAAAGAAAAUGUACACCAUACAAGUGGGAAUCGAGUAGCUCCAAUAAAAGCGGGAGUAAACGUCUGCUGGUACUGAACAUUUCCCGCGGGAAACAACAAUCUUUGUAUGAACUUAACGGUCUCUGCCGGAGCUACAAAAGUUCAACAAAGCCGAAAUGAUCUACGUUAAAGGAAGUCCACAUAGGCCUUCUUCUAUCGAUUCUUAUCAUUAUGGUAUACCGUGAAGAAGCCAUUGGAUCAUAGAGUGAAUUUGUGUUCAUUAUUUAUGAAUUAGAUAAAGAAAAAGCUGAAUGUUUGACGAACAGAGAUGGCCUGACUCUGAAUGUAGAGAUAUGAAAGUUCUCCAAAUUUUCGACAUGAAUUUGAUUGUGGAACUUCAAAACUAUAUGAAACAAAAAUGGUGUACUCCUCGGGACACACUUCAUUUUUCUAAAGUUCCAAAGGUUCUGCGGGAGCCCGCCAUUUUAACGGGUUAUCGUCCCGUCAACAGGUCAUGGCGAUAUUACUUCUUCAGUCUUUUUCGUGUGCACAACGAGACUUUUAACGUCUGGAGCCACCUCGGAGGCAUUUUAGCGAUCUUUCUUCUACUCUGGAAACUCUCAGAAACAUACGGAUUUACAAGGAAUAAGCAUAUAUGGCCAGUCCUAACAUUUGGUGUGUGUGCGAUCAUCACAAGCAUGCUUAGUUCUGUCGCCCAUUUAUUUCAUUCCAAAUCUUCGGAUGUUCACUAUACUAUGUUCUUGUUAGACUAUAUUGGAGUGACGUUUUAUUCAUAUGGUACCGGUGUUAUUGCAAUGUAUGCCUGUUCAACAAAAACAUUUUACGACAACUGGGCACAGCACUACCUUCCAGCCUUAGUUAUUGCCUGUUGGCUUUCUUAUAUUGUUCUGUGUGUAGCAAAAUGUCUUUAUGGAGAAAAUCCAUUUAAUUUGUCCCGGAAACUUUUACAGCUUGGUGGUAUCUUUCUCCUCUCCGUUUUGCUGAUUGCUCCGUUAUUUGAUAGAUACAUGACGUGUUUUAUGCAGAAAUCCUGUUCAAUAUCGUCACUGCAUCAUAUCAGUAUUUGCAUAUUCCUUUUUUGUUUACAAGCCUUCUUCUUUGGCAGCCAUUUUCCUGAAAAGUUGUUUCCGGGUAAAUGUGACAUCGUGGGUCAAGGACACCAGAUUUUCCACAUUCUAAGUACCGUUACCCAGGCGACCCAGAUCCGGGCUGUGAUCGUGGACAUGGAGUCCGGACACUCGGACCACACUGAUCCCGUGAUCUCAGAGCUCCUUGUUUACGGCGUCUUGCUGAUGACCUUGUCACUACUCACAUUCCUGUAUGCACGUAGAUUUAGACUCAACAGAAAACUUUAGUUUGGUGAUAUUAUUAACUUUUUUGCAUGUAUUUUUAAUCACGACAAUCACUCAUUUUAUUUUGUACCAAGUUAUUUUAUCACUUCAAU